AUGUCUGCAAGUAGAACAAAUAUCCCCUUUUCUAGAGACUCCUUAGAACAAACCUUAAAAAGAAGAUUUUUCUUUGCCCCAUCAUUUGAGAUUUAUGGUGGUGUUGCAGGUUUGUUUGACUUUGGUCCUCCAGGUUGUGCCUUUCAAAACAAUGUCAUUGAUGCAUGGAGAAAGCAUUUUAUCUUAGAAGAGGAUAUGUUAGAAGUUGAAGCAACAAUGUUGACUCCUCAUGAUGUUUUGAAAACUUCAGGACACGUAGACAGAUUUUCUGACUGGAUGUGUAAAGAUUUGAAAACAGGAGAAAUUUUCCGUGCUGACCAUUUGGUUGAAGAAGUUUUGGAAUCUAGAUUGAAAGGUGAUAAGUUGGCUCGAGGUGUUAAAAUUGUUGAGGAUGAGGACGAAGACAAAAAGAAAAGAAAGAAGAAAGUCAAGGAGAUUAAAAAUGUUAAAUUAGAUGAUGAAGUUGUUAAAGAAUACGAAUCAAUUUUGGCUCAAAUUGAUGGGUUUUCAGGACCCCAAUUAGGUGGAUUAAUUGACAAGUACAACAUCACUAACCCUUCUACUGGAGGAAAAUUGGAACCACCUGUAGAAUUCAAUUUGAUGUUUGGCACUGCCAUUGGACCAUCAGGAAAUUUAAAGGGAUACUUGAGACCAGAAACUGCUCAAGGUCAAUUCUUAAACUUUAACAAAUUGUUGGAGUUCAACAACGAUAAAAUGCCAUUUGCCUCCGCUUCCAUUGGUAAAUCAUUUAGAAACGAAAUUGCACCAAGAGCAGGUUUAUUGAGGGUUCGUGAAUUCUUGAUGGCAGAAAUUGAACAUUAUGUUGACCCUGAAAGCAAAUCACAUCCAAAAUUCGAAGAUGUUAAGGAUAUCAAAUUGAAAUUUUUGCCAAAAAACGUUCAAGAAUCGGGAUCAACAGAAUUAAUCGAGGAAUCUGUUGACAAAGCUGUGUCAACUGGAAUGGUUGAUAACGAGACAUUGGGUUACUUUAUAGCCAGAAUCUAUUUGUUUUUAGUCAAAAUUGGUGUUGAUCCUAACAGAUUGAGAUUUAGACAACAUAUGUCUAAUGAAAUGGCCCACUAUGCCUCUGACUGUUGGGAUGCUGAACUAGAAACCUCUUAUGGUUGGAUUGAAUGUGUUGGUUGUGCUGAUAGAUCUGCUUAUGAUUUAUCUGUCCAUUCUGCCAGAACUGGGGAAAAAUUGGUCGCCAGAGAAACUUUGGCUGAACCUCGUACUGUUGAAAACUUUGAAAUCGAGAUUGCCAAAAAGAAGUUUGGACCAAAGUUUAGAAAAGAUGCUGGUACCGUCGAAAAAUGGUUGACCUCUAGAACCCAGUGCGAAUUAGAAGACAUGGGUAAGGAAUUGAAUGAAAAGGGUAAAAUUGUUGCUCAAAUUAAAGAUGUGGAAGGUGAUGUUGAAUUAGAUGGCGAUUUAAUCAAAAUUGACAAAGUUAAGAGAACUGAACAUGUUAGAGAGUUUGUACCUAACGUUAUUGAACCUUCAUUUGGUAUUGGGCGUAUCUUAUAUUCCAUCUUUGAACAUCAAUUUUGGUGUAGACCAGAUGAUGCUGACAGAGGUGUAUUGUCGCUUCCACCAAUUGUGGCUCCUACUAAAGUUUUGUUGGUUCCAUUAUCUAACAACUCAGAGUUGCAACCAAUUGUAAAGAAAGUUUCGCAAGCAUUAAGAAAGGAAAAAAUUCCAUUCAAAGUUGACGAUUCUUCUGCUUCCAUUGGUAAAAGAUAUGCCAGAAACGAUGAAUUGGGUACUCCAUUUGGUAUCACCAUAGAUUUUGACUCUGUCAAAGAUGACUCUGUUACUUUGCGUGAAAGAGAUUCAACCAAACAAGUUAGAGGAUCAAUUCAAGAAAUUGUGGAAGCAAUUAAAGAUAUCACUUACAAUGAUGGUACUUGGAAAGAAGGAACUGCCAAACUUAAACCAUUUGAAGGUCAAAGUGCUUGA